AUGUACAAAUUGAUUUGCGCCGUUCAAAAUUACAGUUGGGAUUGCGUCGAUGAGCAGAAGCCAUAUGCUGAGUUCUGGAUGGGGGUUCACCCCAACGGACCUGCAAAAAUAGCUGAAACUCUUGAGGAUCUGGCAAAUCGCAUCACUAAUCACCCAGAGCUUGUAGGAGAGCAUGAACGGGGAACGCUCCAGUUCUUAUUCAAGGUGUUGUCUGUGAAUAAGGCGUUAUCUGUACAAAGUCAUCCAACGAAGGAAGAGGCUGCUAUACUGCAUAAAAAUGAUCCUAUCCACUAUCCUGAUCCAAACCAUAAACCAGAAAUGGCUAUAGCUCUCACAAAUUUUGAACUGUUAUGUGGAUUCCGUCCAGCUAAGGAAAUCUACCAAAAUCUGAAAGGCGCUCCGGAGGUUCUUUCCCUGGCUGGAGGAAGUGGAGAGCUUGAGAACUUAUUAGGAGAUGAUGCAGCUGCCAAGGCAGCUUUGAAGAACAUUUUUACCAGAAUCUGGAGUUCUACUCCUGAGCAGCUUGCUGAUGCCGUUCGGAAGUUCAUAACCCGUAUCAAAGAUGAGCCAAGCGAACUUAACGAUUUGAUGGUAAGGCUUGAUCAUGAAUUUCCCGGAGGUGACGUUGGCGUUUUCGCACCUCUUUUGCUCAAUCAUUUCAUUCUGAAGCCUGGUCAAGCCUCCUUUUUGGGCCCUAAUCAGCCGCAUGCCUACUUGUCCGGAGAUUGUAUAGAGUGUAUGGCCUGCUCAGACAAUACAAUUCGAGCAGGUUUGACUCCUAAAUUCAAGGAUAUCCAGACUCUGUGUGCUAAUCUUACUUAUGCUAUGAGUGGGCCACCAAUCUUUGCUCAUAGAGAAGUUUUUUCUGGUGUUGAUUUGUACGCUCCUCCUGUACCCGAGUUUGCUGUGCAGUCUGUAAAGGUAUGUAUGUUUCCUUUAGAAAUGACCCUCGCGUACUCUAUAGUCGUAGUGAUCUCCGGAAGUGCCCAUUUUAAGGAAAAGUCUUUGGAUUUAGCCGUACACCGCGGUGACGUUGUCUUCAUUUCUGCUACCAUUGGUGAAGUUCAGAUUUUGAGUCCAUCUUUGGACUUCCUAUGUUUCCGAGCGUUUACUCCUCAUCGAUAA